CUAACAAGAAUACGGACUUCACUAAUAAUGCAGAUUAGGUGUAAAAUUUUGAGUUAGUGGAGCAUGAUUUGUUUGUGACGUUUAAGAAAAAUAAAGUAUUUAAAAAAUAGAUAUGUGAUCACAUUUUGCGUGUGCAUGUUUGUACCCAACACCUACGAAAGAUGAAAUAGCUGUAGUAAGUCCUCCUGCUUAUAAUGUCAUGAAAGCUGUCAUAUGAUGGAGAGGGUGCACAAACUACAUGAAGUGCGCCCAUCUCUCAGCCAGAUCACACACACAGAGUUCCAUCAUGGCCACAGCCGUCGAUAUCUACGAUGUUUUGUAGCAUGUUUCGUGUUCUUAUUCUUUCUGUUAAUGCUGUAUGUCCCAGCAUAUCAUCAGACUCGUACACGCGAAGACCAAAUACACAUUGUAAACAUUCCGGGCUGGUCUCUAAAUACAAGCAGAGAUUUGAAGCUGUAUGUGCUGCCAGAGAAUUUGACAGCAAUUAUUCCUCAGCCAGAUAUAUGUAGUGAAAAGCUAUUCCUCCUCAUUGUUGUGUGCUCAGCUGUUGGUAACUUUGAAGCUCGAUCAGCAAUCAGGCAGACAUGGGCAUCUGCACCUGUUGUUACUGAAAAAGCUAGUGCUAUAAGAGUAGCAUUCCUACUGGGUGAAUCGGAAAACAAUACUCUGCAGGAACAAGUUGAGGAAGAGAGCUUUAAACACAGUGAUAUAAUCCAAGAAGGCUUUUUGGACACAUACAACAACUUGACUUUAAAAAGUGUCAUGUUACUGAAAUGGACUGUUACAAACUGCCCGUCUGUUCGUUACAUUAUGAAAACAGAUGAUGAUAUGUUCGUCAAUAUUGAAAGCCUUGUACGCUUGCUUCGUUCUAAAGGUUCAACUGGUUUGUUGAUUGGUGCUCUUAUUUGUGGUGCACAUCCAAUAUCGGAUUCGCAUAGUAAGUGGUAUGCUCCGAGAUAUAUGUAUCCUGGAAGAGUUUACCCAAAUUACCUGUCAGGCACAGGAUACGUAAUGUCAAAUGAUGUUAUGAAACGACUGUACAAAGCCGCUCUGCAGACGCCACUCUUCCAUUUGGAGGAUGUAUAUGUGACAGGACUGUGUUCCAAAGCAGCAGGCAUACGUCCACGUGAUCAUCCAGCUUUCACAUAUGCACGUCGUCGAAUUGAUCCUUGCUUGUUGCGUGAUCGUUCAGUUAUCACCAGCCAUCGCAUGGAUAGUGCUCAGCUUCGGAAGAUUUGGCCUCGCAUCCGGGAUCCAAAUCUUGAUUGCUCAAGUUUCACUGCAUCGCAGAAACCAAGUUCCAGACCCAACAAGAAAACAGCAAAAGUGAGGCGUCCAGUAAAUAAAUGUGUUUAAUUACCUGUAUAUGUGGACAUGAUUAGUCAGGAAAUGUCUUGGUUGUGAUACUGCUGAAUUGGUGUGAACAUGUGUGUUUAUUUUGUGUGUGUGCUAUCUUUUUUGUCAUGCUACCAUUAGGAUUAUUUGCGAAAUUUCUCUUCACGUUUCAGUGAUUUAUUUGAUUUUAAACAAAACAGAAAAUUGUUGGCUGUAUAUGUUACAGAACACUAAGUUUUUUAAAGUAUGAGAUUACAUAUUUUUUAUGCGAAAACCUAAGGUACUCAGUCAUAAGCUCUCCAGUACUGUAGGAAGCUGAUUGAGGGAUUUUGUCAGAUUUGUAAAUCAGUUUGCACAAAUAUUUUGGUCCCAGCAAAUGAUAGGGACAAAUAGUAUUAGUCCACUGUUUCUGUUGCAUUUUGGACACCAUUGCCUGAACUAGUCGUACAAAGUAUGAAAUAAUGGAUGCAUUGACGAUGUGUAACCAAGCAAACAUUUUAUAGUAUUUAUGCAUUCAUAUUUUUUUACAGGAAGACAUUGAGCAUUGCAGUGAAAUGAAGUGAGACUGGUUGGAAUUAAAAUUUUGUGAAAGAAAGAAAUGAUCAAUUGAUGCUUCAGUCUGCCAUACACUCUGAGAGUAAUUUACCAAAUUAAAUUUCAUAUCAGAUUUACUAUUUAGCUAACAGUACCAUAUUAUUGUUGUGGUUGUUUUCUUAAAUCUUUUAUAUUUGACCUAAGCUCAAGCAACUGGCAAUCACAACAUAAAAAGUUAUUCUCUAACAUUUGAUUUUGCAAUUAUUUAUUUAUUUAUUUAUUGCUAUUUUAGGCUUCUGUUGUUUUUUUUCCCUGCAUAUCAGUGAUUUAAAAAAAACCUCAGAUAUUAAAAGUAAGGUGACAAAAAAUGAGAGUUUCAGAAGUCUUAAGAAAGAUAACAUGAAAAUUUUUGGAAUGUGGUACUGUAGAGCACCACUUUUAUUUUUAGAAAAAGGGUGUAUGGCAAAUUUGUGGGACUAUUGCUUUUUUCUUUCAUUGUACUCUGACAAUAUUGUUUGCUAAUUGUGUUCCAUAAAAAUAGAGUUGUGAAUAUACAAAUGCAACAGUAUUACUAUUCCGUUGUUCCUAAGUAUCAUAGUCAAUAAUUUUUAAAUUAACUGUGGCAGUUUGAACACAACUACGAGUGUUCCUUGUAUACAUUUUAAUGCAAGUAAUUUAAAAAAAUCUCCUUCGUGUUGCAACUGCGAAGUUGAAUGAUUCUCUUUGUUAUUUUUCUGGUUUCUUUUUCAUGUACUGAUAUUUGCAAUUUCAUCUCUUACCUUUGUGAAUAUAUCUCUGUGAAUCAGCUGCCUUGCAGAACUCGUAUAAUAAUAAUAAUAAUAAUAAUAAUAAUAAUAAUAAAAGUGUUGACCUUUUAGUGGUUGUGCAUUUAGGAAAAUCUUCAUAUUUCAAAAUUUACAUAAUUAUUUUGUUAUGCUCAUCGCUAAAAUUGUCAGCAGCUGUAUAUUACUGCUCGACAGUUUUCUUGGAAUUAUUUUUGCUAUAGUGUGUAUUUAGUGAAUUGUGGAGAACUUGGUAAUAAACAUAUCGGAAAAGUGUUGAUCUAGUACAUUAAAAAAGUUUAAUAUAUAAAUGAAUCCAAGAAUAAGAUCAUUUAUUAGGCUGUUACAAUACCUUACAUUCUGAUUUUUGACAUUCAGUGAUCAGGUGCUAAAUGUACACUAUUUCUGACAAUGAACCACCAGAUUUUGUAAAUACCCAUCUUGAGUGAGUGUCCAGUUAGCUUUGUAAAUGUAUUGUUCUCUUGCCAUUAUGUUGUUUAUCAAUUCAGUUAUAGUAAGACGCUGUAUUUCAAGAGUUCUGAGUUUCUUUGAUUUCUGUUUAACUGAAAUGUUCAGUGGUUGCGUCAGUGGUAAUUUAUAUAGUCUUUAUAGUGAACCUAGAGUUUUGUUACCAAUAUUCUUACUACUGUCUAAAUUGCUUUUGUAUAUUAAUACUGUAAACUACCUAGAAGAUGUUAUUGAAUUUACUGUAAGUUAUUGUAUCGGACUGGUGCUUGUGUGUGCUGGCGCACAUUGCCUUUUUUCCCCUCUGUUUUUUUAAUAUGGUGAAAGACAUCAACUCUUAAUUGGGGGUGGGGCAGGGUACUGUUGUUUUUAUUGAGUCUAGUUUAUGUGUGUUUAAGAAGGAAAAGAUGUUUUAGCGGGCAUUUCAACAUCAUAUUGCUUAUCCAAAUCAGUUACUUUUUUUAUUAGAGUUUAAAAUAAGUCUUGCUUUUUCUGUAUUUCCCUUCAAUAGUUUACUGCUCUUUGGUGUAUCAGAUAUUUUGCUCUUUGAUACAUUCAUUUUAUUUUUAUUCUUCACAAAAUGUAACUAAUGCUUCUGUAAACCUGAUUAUUUUAUACUGAUUGCUAAUACUGAAAAAUUUAUAUACCAAUUUCUCUGAAUGCAUUGAUUGAAUAUAUUUUCAUCUACAUUAUCAACAAAAAAAUUGUGAAGCUUCAUCAUGUGUGACCGACUGAUGGGAGUGCUAAAGAAUACUCAUAUUUAAUAAUUUUUUAAAAUAUUGUGCAGAAACAGUUAAUUUGUAGUAGAAUUGCACAACCCCAGCAACAUGUCAAUUGUGACUGCACAUUGACAUUAACGAAACUUGGUGCUGUGCUUUCACUUAGUUCUGAUGACACCUUUGAUUGUCAGGAGCUGAGUAGUAACUCUGUAGGUACAUGACCAUUCACAUUUCUCUUUUUACCUCAUACUGAAAGCUUCAUAGUCAAUUCAGUAGUCAGUCACAAAUAAUGAGAUAUAUUUUUGAAUAUGUGCAAUAAUAAAAACUUCAACUGUUUUUAUUACAGUAUAAUUUACUUGUGUGUGCCCACAAAUGGUGUAACUAGUUUGUGAGUGAAAUGUGGAUUGCUGAAAUUAUCAGGAGCUUUAGCUUGGUCCCUGUCUCUUCAGAGUGAUUGACGUGUGCUAGUAAUUUAGAUAUUGUUUUUUAAGGUGAUGUGCCAUAGGUGUGUGUGUGUGUGUGUGUGUGUGUGUGUGUGUGUGUGCGAGAGAGAGAGAGAGAGAGAGAGAGAGAGAGAACAGGGUAUCAUGCCAUCGCCAGCAGCCCCCAGGUUUUAGUAAUUUUAAUCCAUUAUUUUAUUUAUCAGAUCAUAUCUGCAUAUAAUAUAUUUUCAAACCAAUAGUUUUGGUUAAUAGGAAUGCCAAAAUAUUUCUCAGGCCAUAGUUCAGAGACAGAUCUUCAUGGUGCUAUAUUGUUCUUAUAUUUCAGCUGGAUCAGUAGUAAAAAUUUGCUUGCUUUAAGUUUACAAAUUUCAACUACUUUGAGUUGGAGGAUAAACAGUGAACUGUCCGAGAGUAAUGUAAAUAUUGGACUUGUAUUGUUGUUUCUCUUUUUCAUCGUUGAGAAUGCAUUUUUUCUUAGAAAUAAUGUUCUUGUAGGUGCUUCAUUUGCCCAUCCAUGUUUAAAAGAAUUGUGGCUAAUAUAUUUACAAUAGUAGUUCAUGUCACAUUAAAUUUCCAUAAUGUCGCUGAUGGAAGAGCAUUAAGAUUAGAGAGACACUGAUUUAUGUGUAUGUGGUCAUUUUACCUCUUCCUUUGGUUAGACCUCACUUUGUGUGUGUGUGUGUGUGUGUGUGUGUGUGUGUGUGUGUGUGUGUUUCAGCACCUUGCAUAUGCAUGUGCCCGCACUUGGCUGUGCAAAUUCGUGUAGCUUGCACAUGUAACUGAUACAAAUGUGGCAGAAUGAAAUUAGAGAGGCACAUUUUUCGAACAGG